GUAGGUUUGUGUGUGUUUUGGGGGGCGGUGUCAAUCGCUUACGCCCGAUGUUCGUUUCCUCUCACUGGCCAUCUCCGAUAAAAGAGGGUGAAGCGUGACAUCAUGUGGAAAGGUGAAAACCCUAUUCCUCUCCUAGCGUUCUUCUCCUCUCCUUGUCUGUCUUCGAGAAAAGAGGGUGAAGCGUGAGGCGCUGUUGAAAGGUGAAAACCCUAAUCCUCUCCUUAGUUUAAAUAGGACAGAGUCGUCGCAGGCAAGCAGUGCGAGCCAAUUGGGGAAGGGGAUCCGUUGAGCCGGUGAAAUCCACGGUGGCGUCUCUGUCUCAUCCACCUCGUAGGCUUCGUCUCCAAAAUUCAUGCGAGUAUAAGUAGAGAGCUCGUGAUUGAGCAAUGCAAUGUCGUGCAAGUGCAAUUCAUCGGCCAAGUCUAGUUUCAAACUCGAGAAAUGGCUCCUGUUGGUGGGUGUUCGCAGAGGGUGUUCGCCUUCGGCAAGGGGAGGAGUGAAGGCGACAAGAGCAUGAAGAACUUGCUGGGUGGGGAAGGUGCGAACUUGGCGGAGAUGUCCAGGAUCAGGUUGUCGGUGCUGCCAGGAUUCACAGUGUCGAUGGAGGUCUGCCGGGAGUAAAAAGAGGACGUCGAGGAGGGUGAGAAGCAUCUCCCGAGAGAUACUGGAAGCACUUGGGAAGGUGGAGGAGGAGCACGUCUCGGCGAUCCUUCAAGGACACUCCUCCUCUCCGUUUGCUCUGACGCUGCGGUAUGUUGUCCAUGGCAAAGGCAAAUAACUUCGGCAAUUUACCAAAGGGCGCACUUAAAGAUUAUUUACCAAAAGGCAUACGGAGAGAGAGAGACCAAAUGGAUUCAACUACGAUCCUGUUUGACAUAUGCAAUACUUGUGUAAGUGUCGAUGUUGGGGAUGAUGGACACGGUGCUCAGCUUGGGACUCAACGACAAGGUAGUGGUUGGGUUAGCGAUGAAGAGCGGGAAGAGAUAUGGCAAUGCAAAUGUAUGGAAGAUCUUCACAAAUCUUUUCGAUUAUUUCCCAUUGACGGCAUUGAAAAUUGCUCCCUGCAAUCAUCAAAAAGUUUGGUAAGUCUUUUCAUUGGAAUAUGAUUUCAUGGCUAACUUCUAUGGAAUGCACCAAUUGUACUUCAGAACCAUGUAUCUCACAGGUUAUAAUCUUCUAGAGCUUGCCCUUGUAAUAUUUUGAUAUGCUUCAUGAAAACAAUCAGUGUUUUAUGAUCUUCGUUUGGUCACACAAGCCUUAUAAUUUAGAGAACUUAUGGAGGCUCGCUGAGCAAGUCCAAAAACAAUCACCUUAUGCUGCUUCUGCUACUAAAGGUGGAGAAGAUGAUGAUAAUCAUGUCUCAGAGCUUGUGCCUGGAGAGAUAUUUGAACUUGAUGCAGAGGAUAAACAAGCUUUAUAGAUAUAGAUCUUCCAACAAGUUUGCACUCUAUUUUUUAUGUUAUAAUUUCUUUGUCAAUUGCAAUUUAUGAUAGUAAUAAGAACCAGUUGUCGGGAUAGUGAUGUGUGCAGUUAAUUUUGUAAAGCUUAAGAUUGUUUAAGGAGCAUAUUGGGAUAAAUUUUAUUGAUGUGUAUAGUUAAUUUUGUAAA